AUGCAAGCCAAAAAACGGUACUUAUUAUUAUUUGUAACUUGCGCGUUUCUUGGCUACUGCUACUUCGGAGGUUACAGAUUAAAAAGUAAAAAACGUAAUGAAAUAACGCACGAUUACUGGGAUAAAUUUCCGUCGUAUUUAUCUAUUAACGAAGAAUUUUAUGAUAAGGAUCUCAAAAUUUCAAACAGUAAACUAUCAGUAGUCCAUCCUGCCAGACAAUGUCGCAUGGAGACAUGUUUCGAUUACACAAGAUGCAAGCAAGGAUUUUCUGUCUAUGUAUAUCCUAUCGAAGAUACUAUCAGUCCUCUCUAUCAAAAAAUAUUGAAUGUUAUCACUGAAUCUCGCUACUACACGAGUGAUCCAACGCGGGCUUGUAUACUUGUGCUGGCGCUUGACACGCUGGAUCGCGAUCCGCUUUCUACAGAGUUUGUUCACAAUUUACCAUCAAAGCUGAUGCGUCUGCCCCACUGGAACGAAGGACGUAAUCAUCUGAUAUUUAAUUUAUACUCGGGUACCUGGCCAGAUUACAUAGAAGAUGCCCUGGCGUUCAACAUUGGCUACGCGAUGCUGGCCAAAGCCAGUAUGUCCAUCAGUAUGCUCAGGCCAAACUUUGACGUGUCUAUUCCGCUGUUUGGGAAACAACACCCAGAACGUGGUGGUGAGCCUGGCCAGGCGGCAGAAAAUAAUUUUCCAAGUAAUAAAAAGUACCUCGCGGCAUUCAAGGGUAAAAGAUACGUACAUGGUAUUGGCUCGGAAACGAGAAAUGCUCUCUAUCAUCUUCACAAUGGGAAGGAUCUAGUAUUUGUGACGACCUGCAGGCACGGUAAAUCUUGGAGAGAACUUCAGGAUGAACAUUGUCAACAGGAUAAUCAAGAAUAUGAUACGUAUGACUAUGAAGUCCUACUAUUGAACUCAACGUUUUGUUUAGUACCGAGAGGACGUAGGCUUGGCAGCUUUAGGUUUCUGGAAGCUUUAAAAGCCGGAUGUAUUCCAGUUAUUCUGAGCAAUGGGUGGGCCUUAGCAUUUCAUGAUCGUAUCGACUGGAAUCAAGCGGUUAUAUUUACAGACGAGAGAUUGUUAUUUCAAAUUCCAGAUAUAUUGCGUUCCGUUUCAAACACACAAAUUCUAAAAUUUAGACAGCAAACACAAUUUUUGUGGGAGCGAUAUUUUUCUUCAAUUGAAAAAAUAAUUUUCACAGUAUUUGAAAAUAUUCGUGAGCGAUUGCCGUGGGAAGGAGCACGCGAAAAACUCAUUUGGAACACAUAUCCUGGUGCAUUGGCCAUCCUGCCUCAAUUCGCUGACAGUCAACAGGAGCUUCCGUUUUCGAACAAUGAUCCGGGCAAUGCAUUCACUGCCAUUAUUUAUUCUCAGUUAGGAUCUACGGCUGUUCUUUAUCGCUUACUCCGAAGUGUUGCCAAGAGCAAAUAUUUAGAUAAGAUUAUUUUAAUGUGGAAUUCCGACAUUCCCGUACCGAGAAGGCCGCGUUGGCAAGGCAUCAAAGUAACAAUCACAGUGAUAGUUGCGAGCAGUAUUUCUCAACGCUUCUAUCCCUAUCCUCAAAUCGAGACUAGUGCCAUAUUAUCACUAGACGAAGACGUAACUCUUAAUACCGACGAGAUUGACUUUGCAUUUGUCGUCUGGCAGUCAUUUCCUGAUCGAAUAGUCGGAUAUCCAGCGAGAUCUCACUACUGGGAUGAUUCCAAGAGAUCGUGGGGUUACACCAGUAAAUGGACAAACGACUACAGCAUAGUAUUGACGGGGGCAGCUUUUUAUCAUCGUUAUUACAAUACGCUGUACACUGAAUCGCUGAGCUCAACGUUGCACAAAACAGUCGAGCAGUCACAAAAUUGCGAAGACAUACUUAUGAAUUUUUUGGUGAGCCAUGUGACACGACGGCCGCCUAUUAAAGUGACUCAGCGUAAACUUUAUAAAGACACUACGGCAGCUGGAAUUAGAUCCUCGUGGAAUGACCCAGAUCACUUUACACAGCGUCAGACCUGUAUGAAUACUUUUGUAGCUGUUUUCGGUUACAUGCCUUUACUGCGCUCCAACAUGAGACUGGAUCCUGUGUUGUUCAAAGACCCGGUUAGCAAUUUACGUAAAAAAUACCGACAAAUUGAACUAGUUAGUAACUGA